AUGUUUGCAAGCGCUCCAAACUAUUCUAAGCUGAAGACGAAUCUCCGUCUAGCGCUCAAUCGGCUAAAGUUGCUCGAGAAGAAAAAAACGGAACUGGCUCAGAAGGCUCGCAAGGAAAUCGCAGAUUAUCUGGUGGCCGGAAAACCGGAACGUGCCAGGAUCCGGGUGGAGCACAUCAUCCGCGAGGACUACUUGGUGGAGGCGAUGGAGAUUGUGGAGAUGUACUGUGAUCUGAUACUCGCGCGGUUUGGCCUGGUGACGCAGAUGAAGGAGCUGGACGAAGGCAUUGAGGAGGCGGUGAGCAGCAUCAUCUGGGUGGCACCACGAUUGCAAGCGGAUGUGCAGGAGUUGAAGCUCUGUUCCGACAUAUUCACGCUGAAGUACGGUAAACAGUACGCGGAGCAGGUGCGAGCCGCCAUACCUCCGCACAAGAUAUCGGAUAAGCUGAUGCAUAAGCUGGCCAUACAGGCCCCACCGAAGCUGCUGGUGGAGAAGUAUCUGAUUGAGAUUGCAAAAAUAUUCAACGUCGAGUACGAACCGGAUCCGCUGGUGAUGAAGGAUGACCGAUCCAACGUGAUGGAUGGUGAGGACAGUGUGUUGAUCGAUCUGGCAGAUAAAAACAACCUUGACGGUUCUUCGUCGGGUGGCGCAGGUGCAUCUGGUGGAAAUGGUCAAAAUAGAGGCGGUGGCAGUGGUGCUGGUGGUGGUGGCGGCGGAGCAGUGGCAUCAUCGUCAAAUGUAGGAUUUGUAGCGUAUCCUCCACCAAUUCCACAGCUUCCCGUAGUUCCACCGACGGUUCCGUUCCAGUAUCCGGCUGGUCCGAGUGGACAAAAUUUUGGUGGAGCAUCAGCUCCUCCACCGUUCAACUAUAACAUACCGCCCAACUCAUCGGAGAAGGAAGAGAUCAAGGAUUUGAAUAUUAAUGCUAACUUUAUCAACGAAGAAAAGGGAGCAAGCGACGCAUCUGGACCACCGCCCUCAUAUUCAUCCCUCAGUCCGGAUGACAACAUGCAGAACUCAACCAAACCCAAACCUCAGCCACGGUCAAAGUUUUCGCCGGAACUAAACUUCCCCCCAUUACCGAACGUGCCAAUGGAUCUGCCGGAAAUACCGGAUGGUGAUGAGAACAAGAACGAUAACGAUGAGAUCGAUUUCGACGAUUUGUCCCGUCGGUUUGAGGAGCUGAAGCGGAAGAAGUGA